CGGCUGCGCGACGCUUUUCGGGCGGGACUGCCCCGGGGGAAGGUUCAGGGAUAGUGGCCCGGGCCGGCCCCUCGCCCUGCGCGCUCUGAGUCCCGAGGAGACGUGUCCGUUGACCCCGCGGCAGCCCUCGCAGCCCCCGCCAUGGCCACGCGCCUCCUCCGCGGGACCCUGCGCUUGUGGGGCGGCCGCGCUGCACCGUGCCUGCCGCCGGCCUCGAGAUGUUCUCAUUCUGGAGGUAAAGAACGUCUAGAAACUUCUUCUGCUAAAAAAUUAACAGAUAUAGGAACUAGAAGAAUCUUCUCUUCAGAACAUGACAUUUUCCGGGAAAGUGUAAGGAAGUUUUUUCGAAAAGAAGUGAUUCCUUAUCAUGCAGAAUGGGAGAAAGCUGGAGAAGUGAGUAGGGAGCUUUGGGAAAAAGCUGGAAAACAAGGACUACUUGGUAUCAGUAUUGCAGAUCUCCAUGGUGGCAUUGGGGGGGACUUGUAUUCAUCAGCUAUUGUCUGGGAGGAGCAAGCAUAUUCAAAUUGUACAGGCCCAGGUUUUAAUCUUCAUUCAGAUGUCGUCAUGCCCUAUAUUGCAAACUAUGGUUCAGAAGAACAGAUUAAGCGCUUCAUCCCCGAGAUGGUUGCAGGGAAAUGUAUUGGUGCCAUAGCAAUGACAGAGCCUGGGGCUGGAAGUGAUUUGCAAGGAAUAAGAACAAAUGCCAAAAAGGAUGGAAGUGACUGGAUUCUCAAUGGAAGCAAGGUAUUUGUCACUAAUGGGCGGCUGUGUGACGUUGUGAUCGUAGUGGCAACCACAAAUCGCGAGGCUUGCUCUCCUGCCCAUGGCAUUAGCCUUUUUCUGGUGGAAAAUGGAAUGAAAGGAUUUGUCAAGGGACGAAAGCUAGAUAAAAUUGGACUAAAAGCCCAGGAUACUGCAGAAUUUUUCUUUGAAGAUGUACGGUUGCCAGCAGGUGCCCUACUUGGAGAAGAGAAUAAAGGCUUCUAUUACCUCAUGCAAGAGCUUCCACAGGAAAGGCUGAUAAUUUCCGAGAUAGCAGUUUCAGCCUGUGAAUUCAUGUUUGAGGAAACCAGGGACUACGUUAAACAAAGAAAAGCUUUUGGGAAGACAGUUGCAGAUUUACAGACGGUGCAGCAUAAGCUGGCAGAAUUAAAAACAUCCAUAUGUGUAGCCAGAGCCUUUGUGGACAGCUGUCUCCAGCUGCACAGAGCGAAACGUCUGGACCAUGCCACUGCUGCCAUGGCGAAAUACUGGACAUCUGAUUUGCAAAACAGAGUAGCUUAUGACUGUUUGCAGCUGCAUGGAGGUUGGGGAUACAUGUGGGAGUAUCCCAUUGCAAAAGCUUUUGUGGAUGCCCGUGUCCAGGCAAUCUAUGGUGGUACCAAUGAAAUAAUGAAGGAGCUGAUUGCAAGAGAGAUCAUCCAUGACCAGUAGACAUCUGCCCACAUCCCGGAAUCCUAUUACAGCUAAUCUGGUUUUAAAUCUACUCGAGAUAAAAUACAACCCAGAAAGGGAGGGAACACUAAACAAGUUUUUAUCUGUUCUCCAUAUAGAGGAAGAUAUCAAAUGCAAAUAUAAGAUUAACACCGUGGGGGGAGAAAUCUUUGAAUCCAAAGAUCAUAAAGUUUUCCAAUAUAAGGUUUAAACUGUUAAUUUUUUGCAUAGCUAAAUGGCAAAGAUUCUCUGAUUCUAGAAGCCUUAAUGUUUCAUUUAUCUCUAAAAUUCUAAAAGAGUAUAAAUGCUUCAGUCUUUAAAAUUGAGGCAGAAGUAAUUUUUUAUUAUACUAUCAAAUUUUUUACGGCACAUUGAUUUUGAAAAAGAAGAAUAAAUAUAAUUGACAAUGCAAAAUAAGUUUAGAUAUCUUUUAUUCCAAGUUCCCCAGAACAGUGUUUCUACCACCCUACCCCUAAACCUGUUUUUAAGUAAUGAGACACUUUCUUCAGUCCAAAGCUUAUGCCAAGUCCUUGUGAAAUCUUGAUGUGUGAAGCGCUGCUUAGGUUGAAGCAGGAAGCCUCCUACCUUAGGGCCUUAAAACCACUAGGACUCAGCUAAGCAAAUCCCCACAAGAGAAUUCCACUUGUUCCUUAAACCACUGACACCUGGGCUUUCAACAGAUUUCCAUCCCAGUUUAAUUGCUAGGAGAGCACACCAUUAUCCUUAAUAGUUUUAAGAUAUUAGUAUAUUUUAUAGGUACCAAAACAAUGACUUUUAUUUGGGAGCAGUAUAAUUUUUUAAUUAAUUUAACAGAUUUAUACUUUGUGUUGUCAUCUAUAAGCCAGGCUGUUAAAUUGAUGAAAAAUAUGAUUUCAAAAAUUGGCAAGAUCCAUAAAUUAAUAAACAAGUUGUCAUACAGUAAGAAGUAAAUAAACAAUAAUUUCAAAUCAUGAUAAAGGUAAUAAAGGAAAUGAAGUAUUUUAAAUAGGAAAAUGAGGAAAUGACAUUUAAUUUAAUUAUUACCAAAAAAUAGGCCAUUAAUUUGUAAACUGCCAGCAUCAUUUUAGUACUUCUUUUCCUUUGCAUGUAUUGGUGAGACAAAGAAUAAAGUAGUUUUUAAGUGGAAAUAAAUGGAUGUAUUCUCGUUCAACCUAGAAAA